CACAAAAUACGUCAUCAAAACGUCUGCGCAGUUAAGAGUUCAGUUGUAAAUAGUGUUGUGUAUUAUCGCAAACUCACGAAAAGCUUUGUUAACUGGCACUUUGGUAGUAUUUUAUCAACCACAGAGGUGUUGUGCACAAGGAGGGAAGUCCGUUUUUUCACCUGGACACACAAUUCUGCGUGAAACAUCUUAAUCAAAACGUCAUCGGCUCGAAACAGUCUAUUUCCGAAGAUCAAAGAUGUCUGAAAGAAAAGUGUUAAACAAAUACUAUCCGCCUGACUUUGAUCCAUCUAAAAUCCCUAAAUUAAAACUUGCCCGUGAUAGGCAGUAUACAGUAAGAUUGAUGGCACCGUUCAAUAUGAGAUGUUUAUUCUGUACUGAGUAUAUUUAUAAAGGCAAGAAAUUCAAUGCAAGAAAAGAAACCGUACAAGGAGAAUCAUAUCUGGGAUUGGCGAUCUUCCGCUUUUAUAUCAAAUGUCCACGAUGUGUGGCUGAGAUUUCAUUUAAGACUGACCCUGAAAACACAGAUUAUGCUCUGGAAGCGGGCGCUACUCGUAACUUCCAAGCUGAGAAGCUCAUCAUUGAGGAGGAGGAGAGGCUGAAACGAGAGAGGGAGGAAGAAGAAAUGAACAACCCAAUGAAGGUUCUGGAGAACCGAACAAGAGAUUCCAAGCGUGAAAUGGAGGUGUUGGAGAAUCUGGAAGAGCUGAGAGAUCUGAAUAUGAGACAUGCUAGCGUUGACCACGCAGCAAUAUUGGAAGACAAGGGUAAAAGGUGGAUGCAACAACAGCAAGAAAUUAUUAGGAAAAUGGAAGAAGACGAGGAAGCAGAAAUUCAAGCCAUAUUUGGAAGAAAUGAUACCGAUAACAUCAAAAGACUGAUAGAUGAUGACCAAGAUGAUAAUGAUGAUGAAAUAGUCAAACCAGUGAACAGUAACAAUAAAAGACCAACGGAUGUACUAACUGGGGGAACAGACAGUAGCAGUUUUUGUGCAACACAACCAAAGAAACUGAAAACAUGGGAGAGAAGUAUUGGAGGACUUUCUAAGAAAUCAGCGUUGGCAUCACUUGUAAAAGUCAGGACUAGCAAAACAAACACUGUAACAACAAACAAAGACAAUAAAAAGGAAAACUCUGUUAUUAAUAAAGAUGAUAAAGUUGCAAUGGAGGAUAAAACUGAUGGUAUUCCAUCAUCCAUGAAUAAUCAGAGCAAGACUGAACUGAAGCCAACAAUUAAUUCAUUGAGUCUACUUGGAAACUACACUGACAGCGACACAGCAAGUGAUAGUAACUGAAUACCUGAAUUCAUUGUUAUUAAGGUGAACUGAAAAUGUGGAUGUUUUAUGCAGUACUUCAUUUCCAUGGUUUCUUGUGCAUUAUUACAUGUAUAGGAAUUUAUCCAUCCACAGAUGUGUAUCUCUGAUGGUUGACUCACACAAUGAUGUAAAGUGACAAUCUAAACUGAAAAUCUUGUAUUGACUGUCAUUCCUGAUAGAGGCAUACUUACAAUGUACCCAAUACUGCCCGUUAGCUACAUUGAUAUUUUUAAUUUAACAUGAGAUCUUUUUAACAUGGGAAACAGUCACAAAUGUAAAAAAAAAAUCACCAUUAUUCUGGAUGUUUGAAGCAUUUGUUGUGUGAAAAGUAGUUCCAUGGUCAUAUUGUUCAUCUAAAUUUGGUGAACAAUAUAAAAUAAAACCACAUUAUAAAAGUCAAGAGAA